CCCGCGCUGGGUUGUUGCCGGGCACUCCCAUUCAUGCCGCGGUGCGCUAUUCCAGGCGGCGGCCGAGCUAGGAGCAGCCGCCGCCCCCGCCCUUGCGCGGCCCACGCCAGGAUCUGCGUCACGCGGCUGCGUGUGGGAGGGAGGAGCAGGCGCGCAGCGCAGGAGGGAGCAAGAGCGGAAUCUCCCCAUGUGACAGCGCGGGAGGGGGCCGUGGAUGUGCGGGCAGAGGGGAAGAGAAGGAGGAGGAGGAGGCGGCGGUGGAGGAGGAGGAGGAGGAGGAGGCUGCCGCUACCGCCGCCGCCGCCGCCGCCACCGCCGCUCCCUCCGUGCAGCUUUGCAACAGCAGCCAGUCCCGGCUUGGGGGGCUGUUGGGCAGAGCAGAGGCUGGGGGGCGGAUGCGACAUUGCCCACUGGUGGGAAGGGAGAAGAAACCUGGCCGCAAGCAAGGGGGACAUUGGCAAUAACUUCUGGACAACAUCCGCACCCGGCGAAAGAAAGAGCCGGGCAGCACUCAGCAAUAGCAGCAGCAGCAGCGUCCUGCAGAGAAGGUGUUCUGCCCACAAUGGCAACGGCAUUGCCCAGAACCCUUGGAGAGUUGCAGCUCUAUCGAAUACUGCAGAAAGCCAACCUCUUAUUCUACUUUGACGCCUUCAUUCAGCAGGGAGGGGAUGAUGUCCAGCAGUUGUGUGAGGCUGGGGAAGAGGAGUUUCUCGAGAUCAUGGCCCUCGUGGGCAUGGCUAGCAAACCGCUUCAUGUCCGAAGACUGCAGAAGGCUUUGAGAGACUGGGUCACAAAUCCAGGCCUUUUUAACCAGCCUCUUACUUCCUUACCGGUCAGUAGCAUUCCAAUAUAUAAGUUACCGGAAGGAUCUCCCGCUUGGUUGGGAAUAUCAUGCAAUAGUUACGAAAGGAAUAGUAAUACCCGGGAGCCUCACUUGAAGAUUCCAAAAUGUGCCGCCACGCCAUGUGUUCAGAGUGUGGGUGCGGGCAAGUCUGAUGGGCUGGGAAACUUAUCCUUGCAGAACAGCAGUGAGCAAAGACUGUGGCAAGGACACCACGCUACAGAGAGCGAACACAGCCUUUCCCCGGCUGAUAUUGGCUCUCCAGCCUCACCAAAGGAAAACACAGAAACCUUGGAUGCCGCAGCUGCUCUGUCAGUUACCGAGUGUGUUGAGCGCAUGGCUCCCACCCUCCCCCAAAGUGACUUGAACGAAGUGAAAGAACUUCUAAAAAUAAAUAAAAAGCUGGCCAAAAUGGUUGGCCACAUCUUUGAGAUGAGUGACGAUGAUCCUCACAAAGAGGAGGAGAUUAGGAAGUACAGCGCAAUAUAUGGCAGAUUUGACUCAAAAAGAAAAGAUGGCAAACAUCUCACCCUCCAUGAGCUCACGGUCAAUGAAGCAGCCGCUCAGUUGUGUGCAAAGGAUAAUGCACUGUUGACCCGGAGGGAUGAGCUUUUUGCACUGGCUCGGCAGAUCUCUCGAGAAGUUACAUACAAGUACACGUAUCGCACCACCAAGUCUAAAUGUGGAGAAAGGGAUGAGCUGUCACCAAAGAGAAUUAAGAUAGAGGAUGGCUUUCCUGAUUUUCAGGAUGCAGUCCAGAGCUUCUAUCAGCAGGAUUCAAUCAAAAUUCAACAGGCAUUGUCGAAAGGGAAAUGUGAAGAUCUGGCAGCACUUGGUUCACAGCCAGAAAAGGUGAUAGCCAAGCAGAUGGAAUUUCUUUGCAACCAAGCUAGUUUGGAAAGGCGCCUUUCUACAGGCCUUUACAGACAAAGCUCCGAAGAGCACAGCCCCAAUGGCUUGAUGGGCGAUCAAGCUGAUGGGCAAGGUGAGAGGCCCUUAAAUCUCCGCAUGACAGGUCUACCAAACAGGCACAUGCCACACAUUUCGUUAGAUGGAGAGCCACAUGUAGUGAAGCCCCUCUGCAAUGACUUGAGCCGACUAUAUGCCAGUGGUGAGGCGAAGUCACAGCAUUCAGAAGGCCUUGGUAUCUUGAAAGAUUUUCCUCACUCAGCUUUCAACAAUCUCGAAAGGAAAGUCAUAAAGACAGAGCCAGAAGAUACAAGAUAGCCAUACCGCUCUAGAAAAGGGUAUUUUUAUUUAAGAAUAAAGCUUCAAAAAGGAAACAAAAUAAGCCUUAAUAACCAGUGUUGCCUCAUUGAAAUAAGAGAUUUCAUAGCCAAAGCUUAAGAACCAAGACAAGUCAUAUUGGAGAACUGACAAACACGAGACCAUUUGCAAACUGGAACUGCAGUGAAAAGUGGGUGCAAACAUUCCGAAAACGUGACUUUGUAAUUUGGGGAAAGCUCACAAACUAAUACUGUGGGCUCUUGUUAUUUAAGAAUGUAUUAUGUGUUUGUAUAACUUAUCAGAGUUAAAAACAACAACAACAACCUAGGUGUCAGGAUGUGUAUUAAGUCCAGUAGAUGUGGAUGCCGUUAUUUUACUUGAAGUCUAAAUGUCUACUUUAAACGUAUGAAACAUAGAUAUGAUAGUUCUAAGUCUGAUUUUUUUAAAAACAAAUCCUUAGUUGUGGGGGAAGGAAGCAGGGUGGGGGGAACCUAGUAUAACACUCUUUAACAGCAGAUGUACAAUGGUUAUUUUUUAGAAGCAAAAAAAGCAAUUACGUAAAAUGUUAUAGAGAUAUAGCAUUUGAAAGAGCUGGCUGUAUUAUAACAGGCACCUCGAUGCUUAUUGAUGUAACAUCAUUCUUAAGGCUUCAUGAAUGUGCGUGUAAAAUAUUUAUUUACAUUGUAAUGCUGUCUGCUACUUAGGAACUGGGGAGAGUAAGAAACACAUGCCUUCAUAUUCCAAAAAGGGGAAAAGAAAUAUCUGUAUCAUAGGGAACUUGAUUUACUAGAUAUUCUGAUUAAUACUGCCAGAGCAGCUACUGAAAUGCUGGCAACAUUUGGGCAACAAAACAUACAAUUCUUUAAAAAGACAAAAUCUUUUAGAUAAUGGACGAGAUGGGAAAGCAAUGCAAGGUUCAUACAUCACCAUUAAGAAAUUAAUGCUCUGAAACAAGCAACAAUUAAAAAAAGAAGAAACCGAGGUUUAAAUGCGCUACUGUUAAAUGAGUAUCUAGGAGCAGCUUUUCAUUCCACUUGACUUUACUUUACAUAUAUACCACAUACUGCAGACAAUGUACUGAUACAUUUCCUUUUGUAUGUUUGAACAACUGUACUUAUUUAUUUUACAAAAGGUGUGUUUUGUGCUUUUUUAAAAACACACACGAUGUUUUCUUAAGGGUGCAAUUUUGUCUAUAAUGUAAUGAGUGACUUCUAGCUGACGUUUUGAUAUUUACCCUUUGGAUAUUUCAGUGUGGUGUCUGCAUGUUAUGUAUAUCAUUGUGACAUGUGGGUUUGCAUAACAACCCUUUCUCCUCGAUAUCACUUAACACUGUGUGGUUGCAUUGCUGCAGUUAAGAGUUCCUCUGCACCUCAGUUCAUCAAAUGCUGAAUCUGUAUUUGGGUUCACCCCCAUAGCACCCAAAGGACAACAAAACAGAUUGUGUGGCUGACACCAGUGGCCCUGCUUCAGAGCUGCCCAAGCACAGGAUGCCAGAGACAAGCAGCUAGUUGAAUGGGACAUGUCCCCAUUGCUACAGGGAUGCAGCUUUGCCAUGUGGGAGACCAAGAUGUCUCAUGAGAGGCAGGGUUCCUUUUACACAAGUGCUGCUUGUAGUGCUUCAUAUGGAAGAAGUGGGGGUGAUGCUAAGGAGGAUUAUUGCUUCUCCCACAGUAGGACGGAGGGUUUGAGGAGGAGGAGAAGGGCAAGAGCUUAAAACCUGUCUCCGCCAUAUCUAAUGCACUGAAGGUGGCUUGGAGCGGCAGGCUGAUGCAGCACCCAGGAUACAUCUAUAAAUGGCAUCUCCUGGGGUGCCACAAUUUGCCUACAGUACAGUCAGAGGAGGUAAUGAAAAUGCUCUCCUCUACUUCUUCCAUAAUGCAAUGUUGCUCUUCAUAUCUGAAGAUUUUGCUCUGUGUUGUAGUGAUUAUCAAGUCACUACAUGCGCUGUAUUGAAAUGAUCAGCGUAGUGUGAAGUGACCAUGCAUCUGUUUGAGAUCACCAUAAAACAUGUUUAAUAACUGUAUCACUUGAUUUGUGGAAUAAAAUGUUAUAGUAGAAACACCAGUACACACAUUUUUAAUACUAUAGAAAAUGUCUUUUUAAAAAGAAAAACUGUUUCUUGAAAUGCAUUGUACCAUUUCAUUGAUGAAGAAAUGUAUUCUGAGGAGUAGAAUCUGCAACUUAAUGGAUGAAAACAAGGUGAUGAAUGUGUAGCUUAAAGUAGCUCAUUUUAUUGUUUUGUGAACUAAUAACAUGAGCUUGUUUGCUUGUUCCCUAAAGUUGCAAGAAGCACUGCUUGAUAUCUGAAUAGUUUCACAAAACAUGACCGUAAUUACAGACAAGCAAGCUCAUAUCACUACCCAUAGGAUAUAACAUCUCAUUUUAUAAUGGCAAUGUAAUGUAGUGUAAAUUUAAUCUGUAGUACAGAUCUAUUUUUUUAUUUUCAGUUGUAAAUUACCUGACUUAGCUGUGUCAGAAGUACAAAGGUACUUGAUUUUUUACAGUCCAGCAAACCAUUUCAAUCCAAUAAGCAGCCUUCUUAAUUUUUUUAACCUUUUUAUAGUUUGCAGGAUGUCUUAUACAGUGUGUGGUUUUUUAAAAAAUUUAUGUCAGGUAAGCUGCAGCAGCUAAAGUUAACUCUAAAUCUCCCACCUACUAGAAGUACUGUAGAGUAGAAAUAAAAGCUGAUUAAAAUAUGCAGAAGGGCAUGUGGUAUAGUCCACAAUGCCGAAGGGUACAUGGUACACUCCACCACCUCAGCACACAGGAUUGCUUGAAAAUAAUUCCCCUCUCAAAAUCUCGCUACAUCUGAAAAGCUUACUGUAUAUGUCAGAAAGGAGUGUUCUAGAAGGAGUGUGCAGAACAUUCCGAGGUCAGAACAUUCCACCUCAAAAAUGGGCCAUUUUGAGUGUUCCAAGUUUGGAACAGAACACCCCUAAAAGUGGGGGGGGGGCCCUGUUCUGAGCUCAGAAUGGAACAGCCCGUUCCAAGGUGGAACAUUCCAGCUCCGUUCCAGGUGCCAUUUUGGAAUCCAAAAUGACGCUCUAAACAGGGUUGUGCCGUUCCAACAAAACGUUUUGUGCAUUUUGCAUUCUGUUCCAAGCUCAGAACAAAAUGCAAAAUGUUUUUUGUGCACACUCCUAUGUUCUAGCACAGCCUUCUUGCCUGGAUUUCUCGCUAAUGUAUUUAUCUUUACCCAUGCAGGGAGAUGGUGAUGAGUGGAGAUGUACAGUCUCCCCGCCACUUUUCCCUUUCCGGUUAUGCAUAGUUGUGUUAGAUUUGCACACACCCUUCUGAAUUGGCUCUAAAUCAUGGCUUUUCAAAGACACAGAUCUUGCUUGCCUUGUAGUCAGUAGAUGGACUUCUAGGAUGCUAAUAAUAAAGACUGUUGCUGAUGGUUGGGAGUACAGGCUAAUAUCUUGUCUACAGCUUUUGUUGUGAAGGCAGGCUAGAUGUUAGCUACAACAGGGUUAUUAUGACCAAUACUGGUGUGACUCUUAGUUUAUCUGCAUCUGUAUUCUUUUAUGUCUGCCUUUGCCUUGUUGCUUACAAAAUAAAAGUCACCUUGGCA